AUGGCUCUCCCGAAACGCAUUAUCAAGGAAACCGAACGCCUUAUGGCGGAACCAGUUCCCGGAAUCAGCGCCGUGCCUCACGAAGACAACCUGCGGUACUUUGAUGUCGAGAUCCACGGUCCCGCAUCGUCACCAUACGAAGGCGGCAUUUUCAAGCUCGAGCUCUUUCUCCCAGAUGACUAUCCCAUGACUCCACCCAAGAUCCGAUUCCUCACCAAGAUUUUCCACCCGAACGUUGACAAGCUAGGCCGCAUUUGCCUGGAUGUGCUUAAGAACAACUGGUCUCCUGCGCUGCAGAUCCGGACGAUUCUGCUCUCCAUCCAGGCCCUCCUCGGUGCUCCUAACCCCGAUGAUCCUCUUGCCCCCGAUGUUGCUAAGAGCUGGAAAGAAGACGAGGUGGCAGCCAUAGCAACGGCAAGAGAGUGGACAGAGAAAUAUGCAAAGGCGUAG